AUCGCCUUCUUCACAAGCUUCAUUACGAAGAUUCUGCCGGUGCUUGUUCAUCUUCCUCGGAAUCGUAGCAGAGGAUAGCCCCGGCAUCUUCUGGUUAUAGAUUCUAUGCAAUAGGAUGGCUGAUAGGAACCAGCACCUGAGAGAAUCAAGGACUUCCUAUUUUCUAGUUAUUUGUGCUUCCUCCGUCUUCAUUUGAUCGAUAGAAGGGUUUUGGAUUUGAUUGCGAUAGGCGGUGUAGAUCCAGCGAGGAUGCCGUGCGUUAGGCCGGAUCCGGCGGACAAGGAUGCAGAGCCAUUCGAGGAGGUGGAUCCGACGGGGAGAUAUGGACGAUACGGGGAUCUGCUCGGUACUGGUGCGACAAAGAAGGUUUACAGAGGGUUUGAUCAGGAGGAGGGGAUUGAGGUGGCUUGGAAUCAGGUGAGAUUGCGCAGCUUCAACGAGGAUCCGCAGAUGCUCGACCGCCUGUUCUCGGAGGUGCGGCUUCUUCGUUCUCUGCGUCAUGAGAACAUCAUCGCUCUCUACAGCGUGUGGACAGACACCAAGGCUGGCACACUAAAUUUUAUCACCGAGGUCUGUACUUCUGGAAACCUCCGCGAGUAUCGCAAGAAGCAUCGCCAUGUUUCGUUCAACGCUUUAAAGAAGUGGAGCCGCCAGAUACUUGCCGGCCUCGAUUAUCUUCACAAACAUGACCCCUGCAUCAUUCAUCGUGAUCUUAAUUGCAGCAAUGUCUUCAUGAACGGAAAUUCUGGCACGCUUAAGAUUGGUGAUCUCGGACUCGCGGCCAUCGUUGGCAAAAGCCAUGCGGCGCACUCAAUUCUCGGAACCCCGGAGUUCAUGGCUCCCGAACUCUACGAAGAGAACUACACCGAACAAGUUGAUAUCUACUCCUUCGGUAUGUGCGUCUUAGAGAUGGUUACCCUCGAAAUCCCUUACAGUGAGUGCGACUCCGUCGCCAAGAUUUACCGCAAGGUCAGCGGCGGCGUCCCACCCGCCGCCCUCAGCCGCGUCCGCGACCCGGAAUUUCACGCCUUCAUCGAGCGCUGCCUGGGCAAGCCCCACGCCCGCCCUUCUGCCUCCGAGCUCCUCCGUGACCCCUUCUUCUCCAGCCUCAAUGCCCCGGCCGCCAGCCUCCACCCCCCAUACUCCCACGCCGGAGACCGUGCGCGCCAGAAUACGAUGGACCCCUCACCUUCUGCUGCCGCCUCCGCCGGGCUCGCAGGCCUGUGUUUCGCUGAGAAAGCCACGACGGCGACGCGUCACUGAAAUCUGCUUUGAAAUAUUAUCUAGUUAGUUAAUGAAUAACAAGGGAGGCAAUCUCCUCUUUGUUGAACUGGCUGAAAGCUGAUUUAAAUAUCUGCCCUUUUAUCUCAUAAAGUCAAAAAAAUAUCAUCCUGAAAAGGCAGAACUGUAAAUCAGCUACUAACAGCUUGUUUUAUUUUUUUUUCGGUUCCUUAAAUCGGCAAAUCUACCUGUAAUACUUUUUCUAUCUUCAACUGUAGAAAAAACCCGUAAUUUGGUGAGGGAAAUAGAGACUGAUUCAGAUAAAAAAAAAAUAUAUUUUUCCA